UUGGAUGGGAAAAUAGCAAGAAAAAAAACAGUACUGCUGAGUGUCUCAGAUAUAGGUAAUAGGUCUUCAACAGGCCAUAAAAAAUAGACCCUUGUAAGUCCUUCCAAUAGAAUUAUGUGUGUGGGUUUCUUUUCUUUUUUUCAAUUUCUCUGGCAACAAACCACACAUUAGGAUGUGACGUUACAGUUUUUUUUUUUAAAAGCAUAUAAACUCUCACACACUUAUGUAAUGAGAAUUUCAGUGCAAGAGUUUUCUGCUGAAUACCGUUUGGUCCUAUUAAGAAUUGUGUGUUUAUAUGUUGGAGCACUUGAGUGAAAAUCCUCCUUACCUCUUUAAAGAUAGCUUACAAACGAUUAGAAGAAUUGAUUCCUUCUGAGACUCAUCAGAUCAUUUCCUGCAAAAUCUAUUUCUUGUUGUUUAUUCGUGAAAAAGAACCUGAGUUCGUUAAACCUUCUUAAUCAUACCUGGGACUUGGAAACAAACCGGUGCUGACCCUUGAUUUGUCUCCUGAGCGAGAGGAAUGGGCUGCAGUCGAAACUGUGGGCUCAUCUCCGGGGCUGUCAUUGGUGCAGUCCUGGCUGUGUUCGGAGGUAUUCUAAUGCCCGUGGGAGACAUGAUUAUUGAGAAGACAAUUCAAAAGGAAGCUGUCCUUGAGGAAGGUACCAUUGCUUUUCAAAAUUGGGUUAAAACAGGCACAGAAGUUUACAGACAGUUCUGGAUCUUUGAUGUACAAAAUCCACAGGAAGUGAUAGUCAACAGCAGCAACAUAAAGGUUAAGCAAAGAGGUCCUUACACGUACAGAGUUCGCUAUUUAGCCAAGGAAAAUAUAACCCAGGACCCUGAGGACCACACAGUCUCUUUUGUACAGCCCAAUGGCGCCAUUUUUGAACCUUCACUCUCAGUGGGAACAGAGAAUGACACUUUCACAGUUCUCAAUCUGGCUGUCGCAGCUGCACCUCAUCUCUAUCCAAAUGCAUUUGUCCAAGUGGUACUCAAUUCACUUAUCAAAAAGUCAAAAUCUUCCAUGUUCCAAGUCAGAACUGUGAAGGAACUGUUGUGGGGCUAUACAGACCCAUUCUUGAGUUUAGUUCCAUAUCCUAUUACUACCACCAUUGGCGUGUUUUAUCCCUACAAUAAUACCGUAGAUGGAGUUUAUAAAGUUUUCAAUGGAAAAGACAACAUAAGCAAAGUUGCCAUAAUUGACACUUACAAAGGUAAAAAGAAUCUCUCCUAUUGGCCAAGUUAUUGUGACAUGGUUAAUGGCACAGAUGCAGCCUCAUUUCCACCUUUUAUUGAGAAGACCCGGGUUUUGCAAUUCUUUUCCUCUGACAUUUGCAGGUCUAUCUAUGCUGUAUUUGGAGCUGAUAUUAAUCUGAAAGGAAUCCCUGUGUAUAGAUUUGUCCUUCCAGCCAACGCCUUUGCAUCUCCACUUCAAAAUCCAGACAAUCAUUGUUUCUGCACAGAAAAAAUUAUUUCAAAAAAUUGUACACUGUAUGGUGUGCUAGACAUUGGCAAAUGUAAAGAAGGAAAACCUGUGUACAUUUCACUUCCUCAUUUUCUACAUGCAAGUCCUGAAAUUGGUGAACUUAUUGAAGGUUUGAAUCCAAAUGAAGAAGAACAUAGCACAUACUUGGAUGUGGAACCUAUAACUGGAUUCACCUUACAAUUUGCAAAACGGCUACAGGUCAACAUAUUGGUCAAGCCAGCAAAAAAAAUUGAGGCAUUAAAGGGACUAAAGAAGAACUAUCUGGUGCCUAUCCUUUGGCUUAAUGAGACUGGUACCAUUGGAGAUGCGAAAGCCGAAAUGUUUAGAAAUAAAGUGACUGGAAAAAUAAGCCUUCUUGGCCUGGUAGAAAUGGUCCUCCUCAGUGUUGGUGUGGUGAUGUUUGUUGCUUUUAUGAUUUCAUACUGUGCGUGCAAGUCAAAGAAUGUAAAAUAAGUUCUGUAGCAGCAAAUACAGCAGGCAGAGUGGAUGUUCACAACAAAUCCUGGGCACUGAGCUCUUGUCUUCCUGAUCAAGGGGAAAACACCAUCACCUUUGGAGUGUUCCUGUUCAAUUGCAAAAAACAGACCUCAGGACCAUCAGCACCGUGCAUUUUCUGGGCACCAAAUAUUUUCAAAGACAUUUUAUGAAUGGAAAUAAAUGACUGGCUUGUGAGUUAUUGUUAUAUGUUAAGUUUCUUUCUCUGUGGCAUCCUUUCUACAACAAUAGACAUUGUAACCAUUUUCUUUCUGUAUAACAAUGGGUUUAUAUUUUUUAUCACUGAUCAUGAGAGUGGACAUUAUUUUUAGCACAUCUAUCUCUUCAUAUUUUAAAGACUUGUUUUUCCAUGUUCUGCAGCUCUUCUGGAAAUCUGAGUAGAUUUUGGUCUUUCUACUCAGUUGUAACUUAAGCCUGGCAACAUCAGACUGCUGAUCUAGUAUUAAGAGAUAUAAACUGUAAUAAAGAAAUUAUUAUAUGGAAGAUCACCGAGAAUAGAAUGUGCAUUAGUGGAUAAUAUUUCUUGCUUUCAUUGUUACCUCAGAAAGUCUGGUUUCAACCAUUAAAAGUUGUUCUUCCUGAAA